UUUAAACGAAUUACCUAAAUUAGUGGCUCCUCAUUGAAUUAUUUCACUAUCGAGGCUUCCUCGUUUUAGAAACUGCCUCCAGCAUAAUUCCCAGCUGCUAUAGGAGCUGUGGGAGCAAUUUCCUUAUUCGAACAUCUAUAAAUACUCUAAUUGCCCAAUCUUACGUAGCUCUAACCUUAUUUUAGCUACUGUUAUUCCGUAAACUCUAGUAAAGUGUAAUUAGACCCGCAAGCGAAUAAUCUCAUUCAUCCAUCUCUCACCUUCUUACUAUGGAAUAUCUUCAUUUGUGCGCGAACGGUUUCACGCUAAGUAUUCUCGAAACGGAAACCUGGAUCUCUUCAUAAUGCAGGACUAUAAUCAGCCAAAUAGUCGAUCCUGUUCGCUCCCGAGAAAUCUACUACAGGAAACCGCAGAUGCCACAGACGAAAGACUAGUUCUCACUAGUGAAGAAGAGCUUUUCCCAGACGUUAAUACGUGCGACGGCAAAAUUGAUUCUGUUCCCUUGUAUCAUCUUCGUAAUGUCUUCACGCCAAUCAAUGACCGGAAACCUUCGCUGUUCCAAACAGCUACUGGCUCCUCUGUUCAUUCUGGCCCAAUCUGCACUAUCGACGAACAGACGCAAGAUCGCUCUUCAGAAACUGCAGCUUCAAAAUGUCAAGCUCAAGGAUCUAAACGUAAUGUGAUGGCAUAUGAAGAAAGUCGUGAUGCAAAGCGUCCCAAACACCAGCUGCCUCUGCUUGCUACACCGUCUUCUAGUCCUUUCCAAACCCUCAGGGUCACGAAAGCUAGAAGUGUAGGCAAUAAUGUCUCUCUCCUGAAGUCUGCAAAAUACCAUGACGGCCCCCAUGGUCAAGCUACCGAUUCUCACCUUCCGCAAGGAUGGAGUACGGUGGAUGCACUAACGCCGUAUCCUACUCGGAGACAGGAAGAAUUUGGGAACCAGCUCAAUAAUGAUUCUGUAGUCGAGUUAGCAAAUAAUUCAGAUGCAACAAGCAGACCUCCUUUGCCAGUAAGUAGCUUAAACGCCGCCGACGAUGCUGAUCUUAGAGACGAAUACCCCCUAGACGAUGUCCUGAGGGAGGAAGAUAUGGCUUCUCUUCUCAACACAGCUGCGAAGAAUGUCAAAGAGACACAUAUACCCCCUUCUAGUGUCACCCAAGGAUGGGAUCAUGAUUCAAGGUCGGCGGUUGAGUAUGAUCCGACUUUACAGUAUUCAUCGCCUUUUUCUUCAGAAAAACCGAAAAGUUCCCAGUCCAUGAACAUGGAUGGAGGGCCUCAUAAUGGCGAAGAGGAUCUUCUCGACGACGACGUCGAUUGGAAUGCCGUGUAUGCCAUAACGAGUACUAUCCCGAAAGGUUCGUCGGCUGCUGGUCCUCAAGAUAUAGUCUACCCACGGCCAACCGGUCAAAGUACUUACGCGGAGAAGUCUGUCGAGCACAACCAUCAUGUAGAAGAAACGAUACCUUUGAAGCCAUUUGUUCGACCCCCUUUUCCCGAAAAGAUUCAUGAUCGCUCUACCGUAUCGGGAUUAUCCUCGGAUACUCUGUUGCGGACUUGCUUUCGAAUAGGAGAGAUGGUAAACCAAGCAGCACAUUGCCUAGGUCAUCAACAAGAGGCAGUCUUUGAGUUAUUUGCGAGAGUCAAUUACUCGAGCCGGGAGAGUCUCCAAAGAAGACAGCACUUUCAAUUUAUCGACCUUUUCAAGGACCAACGACCAUACCCUGCAGGCGUUCUCACGAACUGGAGAGUUGGUGGUCAACUAGAUCGCCAAAGUUCGGCGUUUCUAAAUGUGAGUGCCGAGCCAAAGAUUUGCCGCUGCAUAUGUAAGCCGAUAAGAGACUCAAAGACUACAAUCGGCUUGAGUCUGGUUGUUCUCGCCAUUAGAGAAAGCGACUGGAUGCAGAUUAAAUGGACGAAACAGAUACUUUGUGGGGGCCCGGAUGCCGCAAACUAGGACUUCUGCUCCUCGAAGGCUACAAAUAAUACACUAGAAGGUGGGCUGAUGGGAUGAUGGAUGGAUGAUAUAUACGGGCUGGUACCUAUCUGAAUGCUGACCGGUUUGCUAUGGGACAGGUGGGGUGAGCUUUGCAGAUGUCGUACAGGACGUCAAUUAAGUAAUUGAUGUACCUAAUACGAAGAAAUCAUCCACUCAUAUCGUAGAUGUACAUACGAAAUAGAUCGAUUGCUGAUAGAACUCGAAUAAAAGAGCCACAUACUGCUGAUCUCCGGUGGUAUAUGAUUCAAUAUAAUAAUGCGGAAGAGAUAGAGUCAAUAGCUGCCGUCUGGUUCAGGUCUGCCACUAAAUUAAGAGG